AUGUCAUCGAUAAAGACUACUACGCCAUAUCGUCUACGCCGAACAAACCAAGUGCUAGCUAGACUUCGGAGCAAUCAUGUACGCUCCCUUGCUGAUGGUGGCGCCAAUAUCCACAUCCCAGUGUUGGCUCUGAUCGAUUACGAGCUGGUGGUAAACGAGACGACUGCUGAACUCAGAAGUAAGGACGUGAUUUUCAGUGACAGCUUGGACAAUACAGCUGAUACUGAUGGACGUGUGGGCUCUAAAAGCGUUCAUGACAUCAAUUUUGACCAUGAGAAACCUCUCCAUCUCGUUGAAGCAAGCGAUCUAGCCCCUCGAUCGAAGCACGAUCUUGCGACCCUUGUGGUGUUGACGAUGCCUGUAGUGAAGCCGUUGGUAAUCGAGAGAAUUCUUUUGAUACUAACUGGACAGGGACAAUUUCGAUGGGCAUUUCUGCAUACUCGUGUGACUAAAAGAUAUGUCUUUGUGAAGUUACCGUCUUUGGCCUCUACCAAAGCCUUUAUCAGUAUUGCUCGUUCUGUCUUUGAUGUGAGCUUUUUGUCUGACGUAUUUGGUGAUGUUGAAUCUGCUGAGGCUGGUCCUAAUUUUGCACUGCUCGUAUCUAAUGUGACAAAGCUCCUUCAACAACCGAAAGGCCAAGAGGCACAAUUGCCUUUGGAUGCUGCAAAAGAAUACACCAUUGACAAUUCGGAACUUAUCGAUGUACCAAGUCAUAUGAAAUCUUCCAUAAUUGACGAAAUUGUGGAAUUUCGUCUCAAGGUUGUUCGUGAUGAAGCGCGGCGACGAGCUCAGGAAGCAGAAUUAGAGCAGAAUAGAGCUAAACAAAAGCUCAAGGAAAUGUAUGAGCGUAUCACUCUGGAUGUGGAUUCUACGGGUGUGGUGUCGAUGGAAUAUGAAGCUUCACCUUCUAACGUGAGAGAUGAACAGAACAAUAUGGACGAUAAUCAGUACUCUCAACAUAUCAAGGAUGAAAAGAAGAAGCUAAACAUUAAGCGUUAUGCUGCGAUGCUCACCGCUGUCAAGAAUAAAGAGCAUAUAGAACGUUUAAAUCUUGAGGAGCAAUUGUUGAGAUUAAGCCGAUACGAAGAAGAUAUUAAUGCUUCGAAGGACAGGUUCCUCGAGGAAUUGUCGAAGAUGGCCAUGGGCGAACCUUCCUCCAAAUGGCUGCUGCUUCCUGAUAUAUUGAGCUAUCAUGGGGCUAAUUACCCUUAUUACCAAAAAAAGAGAGCGGAAAAGCGGGCUCGUGAACAAGCGUGGGAUGAAGAAGACCGCAAAGACGAAGCCAAUUCUUUGCAGGUGAAGCUUGAGGUUGAUGAAACUCCAGAAACGAAGCGGCCCCACGUUUCAAAGUUUACUGAUCGCGAAGUUAUUUUCGACGAAAAAUUGAGCGCAAAAAUUGCUGAGCUCUCUGAAACGUAUGUUGGAUUAGUUGACGAAACCUUGAUUGAAAUUAUCACGUCUAAUUUAAAGAAAACUGGCACUCGAGGUAGCGCUAAUUUAGUCAAAGAACUCAAGGAAGUCUUAGAUGAUGAUGCCCAAAUCUUAGUUGAUGAAUUGUUUGAUUUCAUUUUGAAACUGUGA